AUGGACAUGGUUAUUGUGAACCAAAGAUUGAAGGAAAUUUAUCCUGCAUUUGUUAUUCCAGAAACAAGUUAUGAAGUUAUACUUGUCAAUCGAUACAUGUCAACGGAAGUUAUGGACAAAGUGUUAAAUCACAUUAAUGAUUGUUAUCAAUAUCCAGUAGAUACUGAAAGUGAAAUAUCAAACCAUGAAUUAUCUAUAAUACAAUUUCAUACAAUUCCUCGUACAUUACCAUCACAAGUACUUAUUAUCGAACUAUCACAAUUACCAAAUCGGGAAUCUCACUUAUCACGUAAUGAAAUAUACUCAUGGGGGGACAUGAACCUCGAACUUGAAACAGCAAAUUAUUUAUUCGCAUGGCCAAUAAAAUCAGAAUUAAUUAACCUUCAGCCGCACUUUCCUGGUUGUACAGCUGAUCAACGAAAAUUGUCAACAUCGUCUUGUACAUGUCAUCGUCCAAGUCCAUACAAUGAACAGCAGCUCUGGUCAUUACAGAAAACAUUUUUAUAUAGUUUUAAUUUAUUUAUAGAUAAAACAAGUACCAUGUCACAUUGGUCAUAUGGCCUAUCUUCAAUUGGUUCAUCAUUAACACAUGCACAACGUACAAAAAUGAUAAAUUAUGCUAAAUACGACGUGAUGGCGGUAACUUAUCUCAUCAGACCAAUUACUGAACAAUGGUCGUUUACAAGAACAAAAGAAUCAAGCAUUGAAGAAAUGUUUAUUACAUUUCAAUCAACACGACCACCACCAUUACGUCAACCAAAAUCGAAAAAGAAGAAAAAAAAUAUUAAUAUUCAAAAAUUGUCGAAAAUAUUUACAUCCAUUCAGGAUUCUGAUUAUGAAUUAAUUUCAUCAGAUGAUGAGAUAUAUUUAAAUCAAUUAAUUGAACCAAACGAUUUUAGAAAUGAACAAAAUAAUGAUAAUAAUAAUAAUAAUAAAAUUAAUUUAUUACAAGAUCAAACUGAAUCGAUUGAUAUUGAUUAUUUAUCAGUUAUGAAUGAUGAUGAACCAUUACAAGUUA